ACCAUUUAGAUGUCUCUUAAUCUUCAUUCGGGGAAAAGGGAUAGUACCUUUAGAAACUUCAAAUUAUGCUGUCGCUUAUUCUGAAACAAAUUAUACUUGUCCGAGGUUAAGAUCGCUAAUUACCUCGAGUAAAAAAAAAAAACUGUACAUGGUUAAUACAUCGAGAUGUCUCUGAACUGAAUUUCUUCUUCGUUGUGACCUAGUUUCAGCGGAUAAGAGAGAUUCGACGUUGAUAUACAUGACUGAUCAAAUUACGGGAAGUCCUGUUUACUCAACUUUACUGAGGGUCCUACAAGGGUGGUCUCUGGCAUGGUUCACGAACGGAAAAAAAUAGAGGAUCACGGAUCACGUAUAUAAAAAUUUCGUUUUCCCGAAACACGAAAAUAAGCAACUAAGAUACUCUGUUUAAUAUUCUGUUCUUACACUAGAACCAGUGUUUGAAGAAAGCAAAACCGCGAAUGGCUAAGUCAAGGUUCCAUAUUGCAAAUCGCUCACCUAAGUCGCUCUCGAUAGACAACUCUAACCAUUGGGAGGACUUGGGUCUCAAAAUCACCUAGAAUAGAGUAGUAAAAUCACGAAGAUGGGUUAAUUAUUCAGGUGCUUCACGGGUCACGCAAAACCUUCGGGUCACGAAUCACGAAGAAUAAUUUCCUAAAUUCACGUUUCAUGGAAAAUAAAAUCUGCUAAUCACAAGAAUACUCCUGUACGACCCUCUUUACUGAUGAGGCAAAACUAAAACUGAUCGAUCGUCAUGUAUCACUGAUAGCAAAACAAAGAAAAUUUGUUCUUUACGUAUCGUGACUUUUGUUUUCGUUAUUUAAUACCACAGAGCGACUUCAAAGUUAAAAGGCCCUAAGUAAGUCACGAUGUAUAGAUAUCCAUUUAUGCGUACCUGGGUAAAAAGAUGAAAUAUUUGGCAGACCGUCACGGGUUUCAUACCUCAGUAAUGUCUGAAAUCGAAAGAGUCAGACAAGCCAACUUGCAUACGUCGACUAUUUCCCUAAAAGGAAUCGCAGUGGUUUGCACGUAGCCUAUCAUUUUCAUUUCCUGUUUCUUGCAGAUUCCGAAAAGACAACAAACGCCAAAGUCCGCCGCAGCUUGAUAUCAGUCAGUAACGAAUCUCUCAGCAUAGAAGAUGUCCGUAAUGAAAUCACCAAACAGUUCAAUAAACUCAAACCAGCAUCACUGUGUCAGCCAUUGGAGAAAGUAUGCGUCCCAGGCCCUCCCGGUGAGAAAGGAAACAAAGGUUCCCGAGAGAGACGAGGAGUUCAAGGUGCCAGGGGUAAAAGGGAGUACAAGGCAUCAUGGGUUUACCAGGUAGACACGGCAAGCAAGGUAUCGUGGGAAAUCAAGGAAUAAAAGGAGAAAAAGACGAUAAAGGUGUUGCUGGUCCGCGGGGGUUGACGGGAUUGAAGGGGGAACCCGGCGAACCAUUUCAACUCCAGAGGUUAUUGUAUCACCUGUCACUCAAACAGUCACUGACAACGAGACCGCUAUAUUUUACUGUUCGGCCAGUGGAAAUCCAAGGCCUGCAGUGACCUGGGGCAAAGUUAAUGAAUCACUUGGAGAAAAAAUACUGUCUACAAAUGAUGGCAAACUUGAAAUACCGAAUUCAUCUUACAACGACACGGGAAAUUAUACCUGUACAGCAAUAAAUGUUUUGGGACAGGAUCGAAAAAUGACAAAACUUUUCCUCGAAGUUCCUCCCAAGCUGACUAAAAUACCACAUCGCUCGUACACAAUUUACGAAGGAGAUACUGCGAAGUUGACGUGUGAGGCUUUUGGUUUUCCAACACCUGUUAUUCAGUGGACUCGGCCUUUUUCCGCUUUACCAAAAGGACGGAGCAGUGUCGACAACGGAACAUUAUCUAUUUAAGACUUCAGACCUGCGGACACUGGGACGUACAUGUGCACAGCCACAAACAAACUUGGAUCCACACGAACACUGACCGCUCUCGGUGUUCACACGUUAGAGACAGGUGCGUCGUGCGAGGAGAUCCAGAAAGGAAACUCAGGAAAACCUGACGGAACCUAUUAUGCAAGUUCUGUGAGCUCCUCUAAAUAUGUGGUCUAUUGUGACAUGACAUCAGAUGGCAAAGGAUGGACACUCAUUGCUCGAUUCUCCAAUAAUGACAACAAGAACUGGAUGAAUGACACUAGCUACUGGUGGUAUGACCAGCAAGUUGCCAUGGGAGCAACAUACAGUCCCUCUAUUAACGCUGACAUGAUCUCAGCUGCGUUUCAGCUGGUUAGCGGCAGAGAGUUUAAGAUCACACGCAGUGAUGACCCGAAUCACUCUCCCUUGUUACAGACCACAGGUAACUGCUUGGCUGGACAAACAUUCCGAUCAAAAAUCACAAGUUAUGGCGACUUUAGAAAUGGCAAAGUUUGGGCCAGUGACCAGUGCCUGGGAAGCUGCACGGUUCAGUAUGGCGGUCUGUACAAGUCAACAGACGGGUUUCAACAGGCUGAGUGCAGUGGAAACAUCCAAAGCGCCAACAAUAUCGGCUUUUGGUGUGACUGGGAUGCUGGUGAUGGACCAGUAAUGAUGAUUGGUGGAGGAGGAAAUUCUUGUGCACGUGCUGAUCACGGAAUUGGGAUAACAGAAGAAGACGCAGCAAAGUUUCGUGUUGCAAAAGCAUAUGACUUUGGCUAUUCUGUAUCCCAAUCCUGCUCGUUAAAUCUGUGGAUCCGUUGAGCAGGACUAAUCCAAGUUCUAUCUUUACGAUCUGUAUUUUUUACGAUCUGUAUCAAAAUUGAACUCUUCGUUGGUAGUUAAAAAGAAAGUAAAAUUCGAAAGGCGGCAAUUUUGAUUUCUGUUGUUUCAAAUAGGUAUUAUGGGAUGCUCGGAGGAAGAUACAUAUUUCCCCCUGAGCAUCCCAGAAUAGCUAUUUGAAACAAUAGAACUCAAAUUAGCCGCCGUUUCGCCGAAAAGGUCCAUUUAAAAUAGGGUGGGUCAGUAGUUUCAAGCAUUUUCUAGCACUUGAUGAAUCAAUGCUACCACACUUUUUCAACCGAUCGAUGCCGUAAUUAAGUCCUUUUUAGCUUGGGCGGUUUGUUGCCCCGCUUAGACUAUGCCCUUGAGAAUUCUUGCUUUCAAACUGCCGAAUAGUCUCGUGUAUAUGAAUAGAUGAUUUUUAGAUGGAAAAUAAGAACAAUUCUCAAGAGGAUAUCACGUGGUUUGUCUGAAUGGGAAAUCAAACCGCCCAAGCUAAAAAGGUCUAUUCUGCUGUAAAAAUCUUGAAGCCCAGUCAUUUUGAAAAAAAGAUAUGGUCACUUCCAUCAUGCGAAAGGUUAGCAACAGUGUAACCUGUUAAGGGCACCCGUUAUAUCGGCUUUAAUAAAAAUAAAUGCUUGUAACUAAAACAGCAAGUCCGACGACCCCAUUUUAUUUAUUACAACCGAAAUUGUAUUAAGGUUGCUAAUUGAAAUACAAGUUUGGCCAAAAAAUUAAACGGAGGGAGUUCAGAUCAAUUUAUGUUUUCUACAAUUUGUUGUAGCUCUGAAGCCGCUCCCACUUUUUUUUUUUUAAUUUCCUGAAGAGUCAAAUCCUGACAUGCUGAUUAUAAAUCGAUAAUAAAACGUGUGGUUCACAGAAGUAACAAGUUAUAUCGUUGGCAUGGUAACUUGCAAUGCUAAGGAAAUGGUCAUAACUUGUCUGCCAAUUUGUGACCUUUUUAAUGCCAUGAUUGUAGCAUGAGUUCGUAUAGUGUGAUCGUC